AUGGCCGACGCCUUGCCUACACGACUGAUCGUCUGCGUGGACGGAGAGCAAAAUACCUCCUCAGGAGGUAAUAAGAACAAGCCCAGCUUAACGAACAUCCAGCGCAUCAACGCCAGCAUCGCGCGCGGGAACUGCAAAAGUAAUGCGUAUGGACAGGCUUUCAACCAGCACGUACUCUUCAUUCCUGGUGUUGGCGCAGCGGACGACACUUUCUCCAAGGACCGCUUACUAGGAGGUCAGGUCUACCAGAAGCAGAUCCAGGAAGUCUAUGAGAGCUGUUCUCGACUUAACGGCAGCAGAGAUGAGGUGUGGCUCUUCGGCUUCAGCAGGGGCGCGUACGUUGUUCGGGCGGUAGCUGGGCUGCUUCAUGGGUAUGGGGCUAUUGCUUCGGCUGGUGAGCCGGAAUUUGCCAGGGACUUCAAGAAGCUCGUUAAGGAGGCUGACAAGGGCGGGAGUACCGCGAGUCUGGCUUUGAGUCCGGUGUCAACAACCACGUCUGUACAUACAAGAUCGCCUCCACGGAUACAGUUCGUGGGCGCCUUCGACACCAUCAAAGCUGGCUCCGACAACUCUCCUUGGGACGUCUCUUUCAAUGCCUCCAUCCAGCAUAUGCGGCACGCCGUAGCACUUCACGAAGACAGGAAAGCACUAGCACCCGAGUACGCCUUUCCAGACGACUUCUACCGGACUGCAUUGAAGGACAAAGGCCGAAGUUUCGUUCAAGCGCAUUUCAUCGGCACUCACAACGACAUGGGCGGGACCUUGAAGAAAGCUGGUCUUGCCCUCUAUCCCUUACAAUGGAUGCUGUUCGAAGCCAGACAGUGCGGGCUAUUCCUCACUCGCUUUGACGGCGGGAUGGGCGAAGCGACCGGCCUCCACGACCCACUCGCUGCUGUCUUCCCAAAAGCCGGCAAAGCUGGCCAUGACGACGCGAUCUGGGUCCACACUAGUGCGAACGGCGUCGUGACUACCAUGGAGGAUCUUCGCGACAUGCAUGAUUUCCCGCAGAACCAAGACGAGGACUACGGCGUCAAGCUAGGCACGCGCUUUGGUUCCAUCCGGCAGAAGAAGGCCAGAGAAUCUUUCGAUGGUAAUGGAACGCUGCGUGGAUUUUGCGACUGGGCACCACAAGGCACUAUCGUCCAUCCGUCGGUAUAUCUGCUUGUAGACGAGAACAUCAGCGUGGCGAUGGAGAAUAAGGAGGUUAAGGUUCAGCGGUACCUCGAGAAUUGGAGGGAGAGGAUGCUUGGGGUUGACAAGAGCGGCAUGGUCAACGAGUACUGGCAAGAAGAUGUUCUCGAUGACUCGCCGAACCCGGGAGCCAUUCGUGUCUUGGUGUGCGGUAAUACUGGCGUGGGCAAAUCGACACUAAUCAACAAGACGUUCGGCGUCAGCGUGACGACCAGCUCAAACAGAACACGAGGUAUACACGACGUGCGAGAGGAGAUAAGGUUCGAAGGCAGACCAGAUUUGAUUCUGCACGACUCUGGAGGUUUUGAAGCAGGUGCGGAUGAGGAGUUUCAAGCGAUUGAGUCUUUCUUGAAGGAGAAGUCAAAUGCUGUCGAUGUCAUGGAUCGGUUGCACGUCAUUUGGUUCUGCAUCGAUAUCAACAGCCCUCGAACGCUUCAGACGGCGACAGAGAAGCUGUUUCUAGCGGUAUCGCAAUACGCUCACGAGACGCCGAUUGUGGUCGUUGCGACAAAGAAGGAUGACUUCGUCGACAUUCAAUUCAGCGCGCGGCGGAAAGCGAUGAAGAAGGAAGGACUGCGGUUCGACGAAGAAGCUUGCGAAGAGUACGCGGAGCAGCAGCUUCAAGAGCGGGUAGAGACGAUACGAAAUGAGAUGCAGACGGUUCCUGGUGGGCGGCUGGAUGCUUGUGUGGCGAUAUCGCAAGACGACGAGGAAUCAAUUAAAGAACUCAGCAAAGCCACCUCCCGCUGCUUCGGAACCGACAAGAUACGCCUCCUCUACAUCCGCGCACAAGUCUCCCGCAUCGACCUAAAAGUCGAGCUGGCGUUGAGUGAUCUGAUGCGACGGUACAAGAAACUGCUCCGGUCCACGACGGGUACUGCUUUCGUCUCGGGUGGCUCCACGAUCAAUAAGAACGUCGCGGUCAGGAAUCUUACAACGGCUAUCAUUAAUUGCUUCGGUCUGCCUUCUGUCUCUGCUACAGCUGCUGUGGACGCGCUGAAGGCGAAUGUCUGGAAUAAUCUUGGCUCGAACGUGGCGCUGGCGCUGGCGGAUACUUUCCAGGUCAUUGGAGUUACUGGGACGGUCUUUGCGGCGGGCAUACCAGCGUGGGCGGUCACUGGUGCGAUCAAUACGACUUAUGUGGUACCUAUCAUUUGCAGGUUGUUCUUGAUCACGGGCUGCGAUCUCAUCUUGGUGCUCGCGCGGUCGUUCAAGGAGGUUACGUUCAGGGCCAGCGGACAGCCGAAUGAGAAAGACGUCAACUCCGCAGCACGGAUAUACAAGUUGAGAGGCUACUCCCAACACGUCCACCACCGCGUCAAACGCCUCGUCCCCCGCCGCAACAUGGCCGCCAGCUACAAGAUCGACAAAAUCACCCACGGCCUCGAAGACAUGUUCACCGAAUACAAGGACAAGCUGAUGGAAGAUGUCGACCUGCCCAUGGAAAUCAAGGGGAUAAAAAUCGGCCAUGACCCCGACGACGACGAUACCAGCACGCUCGCGGAAUCCUCGCUGUCGAGCGAAGUGCAGGAUUUGAAGGAUGCGGUGGCUGGUUAUGAGAGUUGUGAUGCGAAGGUGGCGCCGCCGCCGGCUAAGGGGACGGUGGAAUUGCAGGGCGAUACGCCGGCGGUGGAGUUGGAUGCGGAGAGGGAGGUUGCGGAGUUGGUGGCGGAGAGGAAGGUGGGGAUGCCGGAGGACGUUAGUUUGGCGAAGACGAGGUAUGAGUUGCAGGGGUGA